AUGGCGACCGCGGUCUCGAAGCCAAGCGCUCAUCCUCCGAAGAUGAAGCGGCCGCCCCCGCCUUUCCCCCAGACUGGGGUGAACGGAGUCAAGGCUCAGCAACCCUCAUCUUCCCCAACCGCCACCUCCCAACGCCCUCUCGGUAACACUUCCGCUGGCUCGAGCCCAAAUUUGAUCAAUGGUGUGACCAAUUUGUCAAAUAACGCCAAGGGCGCCCUGAACCGAACCAAGACCCAGUCGCAACGGCCCGGCGACGUAGCUUUGCGGCAGAAUCGGCCAAUGACGAGAACGUCGGGUGCGGGAAAUGACAAUCGGGGCUCGAAGAUGAAUAUAGAGCCAUAUGUCAAAACUACGGCCUACAUCCUUAAGAAAUACGCGAAAUGCCCUCCCUCCCUCAUUCUGCAUCUCCACCCUACACACUUUCGAUUCGAGCAGCAAGAUGGAAGCUUUCCAUAUAAUUCGGAGAUGAAGGUAAUCAUUGAGCACCUCCGCGCCGGCACGGUUCCACAUGAGAUCAUCGAGGAGUUAUUACGCGGGGGCGUGAAGUUUUACGAAGGUUGCCUCAUCGUGCGCGUGGUUGACCACAAGUCCGUUUCCGCACAAGCGCAAAAGACUUCCGUGUCAACAAGCAAUGAGAACAACACACCCUUCUCUCUUCACAACUACAACGAGCACGUCACCCCCUCGGCAUUCGUCCCAUACCCGAAACAGAACCAACUCACUUCCGAUUUACAAAGCUCUAAACCACCGGAGAGCCCAGCUUCUGGACAAAACAAGGCUGAAAGUCAACCCAAAGGCGAGGGUGCCGAAGCCCAGAGUCAAGUCAACGGAUCGGAUCAGAAAUCCGUGUCGCCCAAGCCUCGCGUCUUCACUACUGUCCUUCACCCUACACCUCGUGUGUUACAGGCGGAACUUACCCUCCUUGUGACAACCCCGGAUCCCAAAGCUUCCCGUCCGCAACCUUCAUCAGCCAUCCCUCAAUCUCCCGUCACCGCGCAACCUGACCGCGGUCACCCUACAAAGCGACAGAAGACACUCGUAGAGCCGCAAGACCUACACAAGUGUGAAUCAAUUCUUGUCAACUCCUUGGCUCCCCCUCUCUACCUCGAUACCGUGGACAACUUUGAAGACUCACAGGUCCUACUGGAAUUCCUGAAGAGUCCGCUACACAGUGACCCUCCACCAUCGCCUAAGCGUCGCAAGAGAACUGUUGCCGAGCUUGCUGCAGACGAAGCACUCGCGGCUGAGGAAGAGCGGUUCAUGCUCAUUAUGGAUGAGCGUCUCCAGCCUACAGCCUCAGGAGCAGCCGGUAGCUCCAAGACCGCUGCUGUGGACGACACUGCUGGUGUGGCACCCUUCGAGCCUCGCUUCUCCCGUUUCAAGACUUUGGAGACGAUACGCAUGCAGCACGAGGAAAAGGCGAAGCGUGAACACGAGAUGAAGCUGAAACAAGAACUGGCCAAGAGACAGCAGCAGGAACAGGAGAAGGAGAGACGCCGUGCCUUGGAACAGCAGCAGGCAGAGCAGCAUGCCAAGGAGGAGGCGCGCAGGCAGCAACUCGCCGCCCAGCAAGCACAGGCACAACUGGCGGCUCAAAAUCGUCACGUCAUGGCCCAGCCGAAUGGGGUCACCCAAGGCCAGCAGUCGUCCCCGAUCGUACGCCACCAAACCCCCCACAGCACUUCGUCGCCACUGGUCGGUAACGCCAUGGCAACCCAGGCUGUACCAAUGAGCAUCAGUGCAUCCCAGCAAUCGGGAAGCCCCCCACGACCUCCGUCCUCUAUGCAGCAUGCCCAUCCUAAUAUGAUGGGCCAUCCUAUGGCUCCCUCGCGAAGUCAGCAAGGUCCCAGCCGACACGGGACUCCACAGAUGACUCAGGCUACACCAGCAAUGUCACAAGCUACGCCGAUCAUGCGCAACGUAACUCCAACUCAGCGUAUGAACCACGGCAGUCCUACCCAUACCAUGGCUCAGACCCCGAUGAUGAAUCAGCCCAUGGCACAAACCCCACAAAUGAACGGUGCCGGUAUGGGUCUCACACCACAACAACAAAUGUUGUUACAGCAGAGACAGCAGCUCCUUGCUCAACAAGGGGGUCAAAUGGGUGGCACGGCCCAGUUUACCCCACAGCAGCUUGCUCAGUUGCAAGCCAACGCGCAUGCUGCUCAGAACAUCAAAUCUCACCAACAACAGCAAAUGUUGCAGGCCCAGCAGGCCCAACAAGCUCAGCAGGCUCAACAGGCCCAGCAUCAGCAACAGCAACAGCAGCAGCAGCCAAAUAUGCAAAAUAUCCCUCAGCACAGCCAGCAAGCAUAUCAGGCUCAGCUCAUGCGUGCGCAGUUUGCACAGAUGCAGAUGGUGAAGCAGCAGGGAGGCCAAAUCCAGCAAGGUCAACCAAAUCAACAACAGCAGCAACAACUUCAUCAGGGUAGCCCACAGAUGACAGCUCAACAGCAACAGCAACAACAGAUGCUGAUGGCUGCUGCUCAAGCGAAUGGAGGCCAGAUGCCAAAUGUUCAAGGAGCUAAUAUUGCCCAACGAUACAACCGACUCUUCCAGCAACGUCUCCUCCAGUUGCGGCAUGAGAUGUCUCAGAGAUACAUGACCCAAUAUGGACCCCCAACUCAAUAUCCACCUCAAAUUGCUCAGCAAUACGGUGCUGGGUUGGAGAAGAACGCAAAGGUAUGGGUGCAAGAUUUGAUGCGACGCGACCGCGAAGCUGCUCAGCAACAACGAGCGAGUGCCAUGCAUGCUCAGCAGAUGCAGCAGCAGCAGCAGCAGCAGCAACAGCAGCAACAAAACAUGAUGCAUAAUGGGAUGGGGAAUUGA